AUGAACUCCUCCUGCCCGCCCUGCCCGCCGGAGCACCUCCCUGUUCAGUACGGUGGCCAUCCCGCAUGCGAGCGAUGCGGCGAGAGUUGGCUUCGGCGGCCUGGCUGCGCGGCCGCAAUCGUUGACCGGCACGUCGAGAAGAAUGGCGGCACGACGAUGCGAACGCUGUUGGAGCAGGUGAACGCAGGCUGGCACGGCCGCUGCGCCUUUGUCGGCUACGCCUUUGAUCGGCGGAAGGUCGAAUCGAUCCUUCGCAGCGGGACGCGCGUGUGCGCAGAGGCGCACGGCCCCGUCGGCCCGCGCUUCUGGGAGAAGGAGCUGCCGCAGCUGCGUGCUCUCCAGCUGAGGGUGGGCGCGUGCAGCGGCAUCAAGGUUGUGCUGCGCGUGCGCGAGCCCUUCGCGUGGUACGUGUCCUGGUACCUCUGGGAAGCCGCGCUCGGCGGCAGGCAGAAGAUCAACGCGAGCUCUCUGCCGGGCAACCUGCAGGCGCGCAUCCUCGCCUCCGGCUACACGAGUACCCGGCACCUCUCCGGACAGCGAGGCCCUCUCUCGCCCGGCGAGUCGGCGCGCGUCGAGCUCGCGCUGCGCACUGCCGACUUGGUGGCGCCGACGGAGCGCUUCCGCGAGUUCGCCGUGCUCGCGUCAGUGCUUGUGGGUGGCUGGCUCAGCCCGACCUACCAUUCCGCAAACCGGGCGCACGAGGGGGCGAGCGACCUCUGUUCCGAGGCCGACCCGGCGACGCCGCGCUGCCGUGCGCUCGUGCGCUCAGCGGCGGCCGAUGACCACCGGCUGUAUGCUCUCGCGGCGGUCAGCAUGUCGGCGGGCCACAGUCCACGCAUGAGGAAGGUUGACCGCGUUGGCUCAACGGCGUACUUGCCGUGCCGGCGGGCGACAGCCGGCACGCGCCGACCGCCCGAGUGUGCGAGGGGGCUGGCCAACGCCAACCCGGACAUGAACCCGCGCAUCCACGAGCAGCUCGCCACGUGCGCCGCGCCGCCGGAGAGCCCGCAGCACACGAAUGCGCCGCAUCGGCGACGAAGCGGGACUAAGCCUAGGACUAAGCACGGAUGA